GCGGCGGACCGAGAGCCAGAGACCGGCGCCGCGGGACGGAAGCGAGCGGGCGCGGGCGCCGCGCAGAUGGCCGGGGCGAGCAAGGUCUGAGGCUCCGCUCCCCGAAACGUGACCAUGUGGAUUCAACAGCUUUUAGGACUCAGUUCCAUGUGCAUCCGCUGGCCGGGCUGCUCCCUCGGAAGCCAUGCUUGGAUACUGAUAGCCAUGUUUCAGCUCGCCAUGGAUCUGCCCACGUGUGAGUCCCUGGGCCCCGGCCCCGAGUUCCGGCUCCUGCCGCGGCCGCCGCACCGGCCCCUCCGCCUGUGGAGUUUUAAAAGUGGACAGCCAGCCCGGGUCCCCGUGCCGGCGUGGAGCCCCCGGCCGCCCCGCGUGGAGCGCGGUCACGGGCAGCUGCAGAGCCCCCGCGCCAAGCGGGCGCACAGACCCAGGGAACAGGUGGCCACCCUGGUGCCCAAAGGGGGGCUCACCAAGCCCCCAGCUGCUGCAAAAUCCAGCCCUGCCCUCAGCUCCUCCUCCUCGUCGGCAGCGUCCCCGGCAGGCAGUGGGGCCACCACGGACCAGCAGGCCCUCCUGCGGAGGGGGAAGAGGCACCUGCAGGGGCCUGGGGUCAACAGCUUCGACUUCCGAGGCAGCAGGCCCACCACAGAGACGGAGUUCAUUGCCUGGGGGCCCACGGGGGAGGAGGAGGCCCUAGAAUCCAACACAUUUCCGGGGUUUUACGGCCCCACCACCGUCUCCACCUUCCAAACACGGAAGACAACUGUGGCCACCACGACCACCACCACCACGGCCACCACGGCCACUUCCAUGACACUGCAGACUAAGGGGGUCACCGAGCCCCUGGACCCCAGGAAUAGGAUCCCAGUUGGGUUUAGCACAACGGAGCCUUCCACCAGUCCCAGCAAAGACAAGCCCCCGCGGAUUCUGGGGGAGACCUCAGGUUUGGCUGUCCAUCAGAUUAUCACCAUCACCGUCUCCCUCAUCAUGGUCAUAGCUGCCCUGAUUACAACUCUUGUCUUAAAAAACUGCUGUGCCCAAAGCGGGAACACUCGUAGGAACAGCCACCAGCGGAAAAUCAACCAGCAGGAGGAAAGCUGCCAGAACCUGACGGACUUCACCCCCGCCCGGGUGCCCAGCAGCCUGGACAUCUUCACGGCCUAUAACGAGACCCUGCAGUGCUCGCACGAGUGUGUCCGGGCAUCCGUGCCCGUGUACACCGACGAGACGCUGCACCCAACGGGGGAGUACAAAUCCACGUUUAACGGGAACCGACCCUCUUCUUCUGAUCGGCAUCUUAUUCCUGUGGCCUUUGUGUCUGAGAAAUGGUUUGAGAUCUCCUGCUGACUGGCCGAAGUCUUUUUUACCUCCUGGGGCAGGGCAGACGCCAUGUGUCUAUUUUAUGGAUUCCGUUGGUGAACCUGUAAAAAAAUAAAAUAAAAAAAUAAAAACACAAAACCUAAAACUAAACUAUCUAAGGGGAGGGUCCCCGCACCUACCACUUCUGUUUGCCGGUGGGGAACUGACAGAGCAGGACGCUAUAGGCCAAAUAUAUUUUUAUAAAAAUGCUCAUGCCUAUGGGGCACUGCCUUCUCCCGAGUUUUCUUUGGAGAACAGAACCAAGAAAUGCAAGAACGGACCUGGAGACGGAGAGGAGAGAAGACCAAGCGAAAGGACGGAAGGAAGCACCUGCAGCCUGGGGUUUGUCCUCCGACUCUGAACCUGUGCCAAUAAUACCAUUAUGUGCCAUGUACUGACCGAAAGACUUGGUGACAGCAGAAGCCAAGCGAACCACGCGUAGAAACUCACAGAAAACAGGGGUGGGAAUCUCUUCCGAUAGAGUCUCUAUUUCUGGUUAAUAUAUAUAUAUAUAAAUAUAUAAAUACACACAGACACACACACACACUUUUUUUGUACUGUAGCAAUUUUUGAAGAUCUUCAAUGUUCCUUUUUAAAAAAAUCUGUUGUCGGUUACAAAAUCUGAUUUAUUUAACAUGCUUAGUACGAACAGAAUAAACUGGUGUUUUCUACUUUGGCAGUUCACACACCACACACGCACACAAACCCACACACACAGACACAUACACGCAUAGAUAUGCAUAUAUUGGAAAUGCAGUUCCACGAGUGAGCAUAUUCUUUCCGGUAACCUGGUAUCCCAUUGCCAUCCAUCCUGGGGAACAGCCUCAACCCAUGCAAAGAGACCCUUAAAUGACAUGUCCUGUGUCUGCUAGGUACUUGGUGAGUGGCGACAGAUGGGCGCUUUAUUACUUGGUCCAGAAUUAAGAAUGCCAUGGUUUUGUAUACAUACCUAUAUAUAUAUAUAUAUACACACACACAUAUAUAUAUACACACACACAUAAAUAUGAUCUUUUUCACUUAAUUGUUUGAAGAAGCUGUCUAACAGCCAUGCGCACAUUUACGUAGCUGGCUGCUUACAUAGGGGCCCGAGCCUCAGAUUGGGUGGGUGGUGGAUUCUUGGCCAUCUUUGUGUUAUACAAGCAUAGACCGAAUUAAAGAAAUUUUCCAGCUUCAAAAAUUAAAGAAAUAUAUCCUUAUAAUGUGUGUGUGUAUGUCAGAGCAGAACUCAGAAAUUUACGAGGGUCUGAGUUUAUUUGAAAAUGAGACAAAAUUCCAUGUGCAAAGGACCCACCUGCUCCCACGUGAUCCAUGCCUUAGCAUGAUCUGCGUUUCUUUCCCACACCUUGGUGGACAGAGGUUGCCCACUCUUUCUUGAGCCGGAGAGUGACUUUGAAUCUUGGGGGAGACUGUAGCAAAGAUGCUGUCUCUUGUCGGCUCCCAUUGGGCGACGUUUGUGUUUUGACAUCAAGAAUCCUACUUAGGAACUUUCCAUUGGAAAUUUGGGCUCCAGACCAGAGCCUCCUUACAGAGAAUCCCAACCACACACACUUCCUUAAAAGCACUGCCAUGUUCAGGCGAGGUGACUGCCUCACAAGCCCCACGCACGCAGGCGCCCUGGUGCCCCAUCAAGCUGUCAGUAGAGGGUGCUGUAAGGGAUGAGAGGGUCCACCCACCGGAGGCUCUCACGCUUCCCCAUUAGAGAGCAGGGUGUGUCCUCCUCAUGUGGACCCCAGAUCAGGUUCGCAUGGCCUGUCUCUUAUCAAUGGCCCACCUGCGACUUUGGUUUCAUCAGUAGGGUAUGUGAGCCGGUCUGGUGGAAUGCCUGCAGACCAGGUUCAAAGGUUAAAGAUCAGGCGAACAGCUAACCUUGCGCCCACUUAACCUUGUUUCCACUUGUUGGCCGGGCUGGUGACAUCCUGAUUUUUCCACUGGGCUCAGUCUCCCUCUGCAACACCUUAAAAUGUGCUUGAAAAGUUCACUUUGCUCCUCUUGAAAGAUGGGAGAGGGAAGCGAUGUCAGUGAAGGGAAAACAAGUGUUUUUGUAACACCAUAGUGUUCAGGUCUGUUUUCAUGGCAUUGCUCGUGAAGUAGGAAAGUUGUGUUUUUUGGUUUUGGUUUUGUCGUUUUCCCCCAAAGCUUCAGCACAUACGGAGACACCACAAACAUCUGCCACCGGUGCAUGAUCAUCUCCAGGUUCCUGGGAUCAUCUGUGUGCCGCUUGAUCUUGCACCUCUUUGUCCGUCAUUCAGCUCUUCCAUCUCAUUACCUUCAAGUCACGCUCCGGCUGGAGGCUGGCGCUGGCGCCUUCCUGACUCAGGUGAGCACAGCUCCAUGUCACUGUCACCAAGGCGAGGCUGUCAGCAUCCGUCAGGGCCGUGGAAGCUGCUCUGCUCUCUGACACGCUGAGCUCCAGCGAGCCCAGCCAGGAAGGAGGUGAUGACAGGGGGCCUGUUCAUUCUCCAACGGUGGGAACCCAGGAUUCCCCAUGGGGCCACAGUUUGGUGUCCACCACGUCACCUCUGACUGCAGCUCAGCCGCUUCCCAGGACCUCGGGCUGUUCUCUGGAUGCCCGAACUCAUUCCAGAGUGCCAUGUGACUCCGAGCUUUGGAAGGAAGCUUGCAAUAACAAAGCCCCCCGCCCCCAGACACAGGCACACACAGCCCCUUGGGCACAUGCUCAGGGCAGGGCCAGGAUACGCACGAGUACAACCUCCAGACAAGCCAGCACCUGCACGUCCCCACCAGGAAGUCUAGUUCUGUAGUGACGUUUGUGAAAACAAACCCACUUGGGGAAGGCUGCCAUUUUAUGAUGAUGGAGCGAGUGUGCGUAGAGAUGGUUUAUUUGAUUUUUUAAAUGGUUACCUGGAAACAUCAUCUCUGUACAAAGAGAUAAUAAAUGAAAGUGAGCAGGCUUACAAAAUCCAGCUCCACCCACAGUAAAGUCUACAAAACAACACAGCAUAGUUUUUUCUGAAUCAGGCCCUAUGUACACAUGUCCAAACAUUUUGUGAGUCGGUGUCUGAUGAGUGUGGCCCGGCCAUCCUUUUGCAGCCUUGGGGCAAUGUUCUGGGUUGGUCGCUGUUCUCUCUUCUCGUCUUUCUAGAUUUCAGGUCCAUCAGCAACCCCGCAGUGUUCCAUCCAUCACAAAGGCUAUAUCUUCUUAGCCCCCAGGGCUCGGUCCUUACUUUUGCUUUUUUCCCAAAGAAAGGUACUCAGAGGAAGGGCGAUGGGCUUUGAUAAGGUCCCCAAAUUAUUGUCCACCUCCAUCUCAUCCCUUCAGUGACUCCCUGAGAUCUCACAGUCACGGGCCCCCGGGCAGCGCAUGAACCACUAUCCGUUGCCUACCAUUAGACUCUUAAAGCUUCCAAAACAGCUGGGCUUGGCUUUUGGGGACAAGUCAACUUCUAGGCUUAAUCACUUCUAAUCUUCAUGUGUUUGAUGUCAUUUUUAUCAGGUUGAAGUAAUGGGUAUGAUGAGUUUUGUUUAUAAGUUCUGAGUACUAAGGGAAAGAUGCUGCAGGCGUGGCCAGGAAAGCUUCCUGGCCAUUUCCCUCCGGGCUCAGAUUCCAGCAUGGUCCAAGGCAAAGCCAGGCUGUGUGGCACCGAGUCUUCCUUCUCAGCUCCAGUCUGCUCAUGCACAGUGUGGAAGUUGAGGGACCCCAGGGCGUGUCAGAAGGUUGUUAGUGUUCAGAGGUAGUGUCCCUCUUGCACAGAAAGGAGAGACGACUCAGGAGGCCAUCAUUUCUGCCAAGUGUGUCUGGUCCCUCCCAAUCUUGAGUUUGGGUCGACUUCUCAUGCUGCAUUCAACUCCCAGAAAUUCAUCUCAGUCCUUCAUGGAGCAUUUUAAAUUUAGAAACCUGGACUCAUCUGCAAAUCCUACCAGCUCUCUGAAUUGGACGUCCAAGAAUUCAGUGAUUACUUCAGUCAUCUUGCAGUCGCAAGCACUCUCUCUUCUCACAAAUGCAUUGCUCUUUCUCAGCCACAUUUCAACAUCAGGCAGAAGCUUCCUUACAGGUUUUGGUCUUCAGGAAUUUGGUGCGUGGAUAUCUGCUCCCAUCUGUCACAGAAUGAAGUGAACACAUCAGAGAAUUGACCCCUUUGCCUUGUACAGUGUCUGUUUGACUCUAUUGCCCAUGGAGAUGUUCCAUCUCUUUUGCUUUUUCUCCCAGAUGAUCCAGUAUCUGAAUCCCAGGUUCUUGGAGACCAGAUGAGGAACCAGGGCUGAGGUUCAGAGCGGGGCCCAGCAGCCCUUUCACGGUCAGGCUGGAGCCUCCCAUGGCUGUCAUUUCAAAAUGGUGUCAGUACACACCGUUUCUUUGUCUAUAUAUGGCACUGCCACCCUCUUUCAGCAGGGAGAUCUCAGCAAACAUGUGUCGAUACUCUGCUGGGCUGUCUUUGCCCCUCUCUUCCAUGGAGUCAUCCCGAAAGUCACCAUGCAAAAAGAUACUGAGAUUCCUGAGUUCCGUCAAGAUUCCAGGGCCAUUUUGUUUCGGCAUGUGAGUUCUUUAAGAAGACACUACUCACAUAUGCAAUUAGAAGAGAAACAGCUCUUCCUGGAUCCCCAUAACUAGCUGAGCAUUUAUCCAUCUGCUUAGUCAACAAAGACUUGUUGAACUUCUCCAUGUUAGUGAUACAGUGAGGAACAAGACAGACACAGUCCUGCCUUCAUGUGUUUUACUCUACUCUGAGAGGAGGCAGAUAAUUAAUUAACCUAAAAGCAAACGAAAUGAUUUCCAGAGACAGUGAUAAGAGAUAGGAAGGGAACAGAGCAGAGUGACAGGAGAGAGAGAGAAGAGGGAGUUGUCUGUGUCUCUUUGUCCUGCCAUGACCUCCUCCUGGGAGAUCAUCACUCACUUACCGAGGGCUGGUUUGGGGUUGUAGGGAGCAAGAAAGCCUUACUCCUACCUCCUGGAUGAAGAUGCAGUGCAGUGCUGUGGAUAAGAUGUCUCAGUCAUUACAGACUCUUCCGUGUGGUUUUCCACCAAACCUCUCCAUCAUUCAGCAAGGAGUGGUACUGCAGGGGAAGCAGAGAGGUGGGGCCAAGAUGAGGGACCUUACCGUGAUGAUGAACUUCUGUCUUCCUUGAGUGCUGUCUCUGCCACUGGGCUCCUCCCCUUGCACGCAGCUCUGUUGUCAAGUCACCAUUAGGUUAACCAGGUCUCAAGGAGGACAAAGGAAUUCAGGGACAGAGAUGCAGCCUACGGGGCACUGGGGGCCCCGGGGAGAGUCAUCCCUCCGCCUAAGAGAAGGCAGCUGCCUUUUCAAAAGUUCACCCUCAACACUGAUCACACUUAGCAACGUACUUAAACAACAUCUGCUUUUAAACAAGCAGCUAUUCCCAAACAUGCCAUGAUUCAUGUAAUUUUGGAGUGGUUACUUCGGUGCAGUUUGUCAAUUUGCUAUGCCAUACUGUUUUCUGAUCAUUUGUUUGUUUUCCAGUGUAAAUAGCACAGCCCACAUAAAUGAGCCAAACUCGCACCAUCUGAGCGUCUUUGAUCAUUCAUCCUUAUUUUACAUCGAUGUGCUUCCCGUGUGAAGAUGAACUUGUUCUUUUUCCCCCACUCUGAGCCAAGAUUUGUGUGUUACUUAUACUCAGUGUUAUCCGUGGGGUUUCCAGCAAAGUCUUACAUGGUUGGUUGACAUUCUGAAAUAUGCUACCAGCCCUUCCUUCCAAAAAGUGCAGAGCAUGGUGGUACAGAGUUUCGCGUUUCUGGGUUUAGAGUUUGCACUUGAAUGUAAGGAGUGGGUAAAUAGAGGCAGAGAAUCAUCAUCUUUUUGAUCACUCCAACUUUCAAACAAAGAGAAAGAUUGAGCUUCUUUUGACCUCAAAUGAUUCUAGAAAGAUCUUAGCCAGCAAGUACUCUCUAGCCAAUCUCUGGACUUCAAAUCAGUCACCACGCGAGCAGGCAAUCCCUGGGCAGGAAACUGGCCUCUGUGCACAGUCUCCCUUUGUGCCAAAGAGCCAGCAGUAGCAUCUGCACUGAAUCGGAGGAGCAGCCCCUGCAGAACCGGGACAGCCAGGCUCCAGUGUGCUCCACAUUCCCCUGCCAUUCUGUUCCACUUUGCUCUGGGGGAGGUUAAACACAAGUUCAGCUGACGAGAAAGCUGCGCACACAAUGGCACCAAGAACAUAGAAUGAUACAGGAGUGAGAGGCGAGAUGCUGGCCAUGGGCUCUUUAAGGCACUAGUGCAGGUCAGCAGAGGGCUUCUUGCCUGAUUCCCAGACAGCACGCCGGCCACAGAUCCACACUCCACGCUUGGAAAAGCACAGCCCACGCCCAGCUGUAAAGGCAACUGAUGAGAAUGGUUAACUCGGUUAUAAUAUGUGUCUGUGUUGGAGCCGAAAUGCUAAAAUAAAUCCUUCCCGGAGCUCCAUUGCAUUUCCCACUUGAUAGAUUCCCUGCUAAAUGUUCUGAGAGUUACUGUGAAUAGAAUCAAGAGAGUAGUUUUGAAUGAAACCAUAAAUCGAAGUCAUAGAUGGAAGAGUCUUGGCUUAAGAGGCAUGUUAGAAACAGGGCCGACCUUGCCCGUGUGGGACAGGUAGGUUUAGAAGCACUUAGAGUGGGAGUGGUUGAAGCAGCUAGUGAGUAGUGAGCGGGGGGAGGGCGGGUCAGUGAAUGUACAGGCGGCUGUGUUCUCUCUCUCUGUGUAGGUUGGAAUCAGAACACACAUGCACCAUAGAUAGUGUAAGUCAAAUGGGCUAAUGUAACAAACAAAGAGAGUUGAUAGGACAUCCCCUGCAGCUGAAAUGACUCUUAGCAAUGUCUUGAAUGUCACAGUAAAAGAUCUGCUGAGUGACGCAUGGCAGGGAUGGAUGCAGAGAGCGUGGGCUCGUAGGAGAUGCUCCUCUAUGGAAGUUGAUUCGUUCUGUCCCAGGUAGUCUCUUGAAAUAGAAUCCCCUGGAGACCUGGAUUUUCGUGCAUAAAUCAAUGCCCAAAUAUUUGCAAAACCAGAUAACAACUUUCUAGAAGCUUCAUUCUUAUGUGGACAUAAAGUCCUCUGAUCACACUAGUUAACUUUUGUUGAAUUUCUGAAAUUCUGCAAUAAAAUUCUUUAGUGUUGAUGUUUAUAGCUUUUGGGUUGGCAAACUGUCAGUUCAUGCUAGUCUGACUGCAUUUGGCAAGUUAUUGCUUCCCGACAGUCCGGGAGAGCUUGGGCCCUGGGAGAGGCAAGGAUACUAUGCAGUCCUAAGUUUGACUUUUUGGCACCAUCACAUAGAUUCCUAACCACUAAAAGUCUAGGAUGGGGGAGCCUUUGAGGACCCCCAUAUAAUUGUUUCAAAUCAUUAUGCAGGAAACUGCAAGGACAAACACCAUUGUACCAACCUCCUGGCCACUGUCCUAUUUCCCAAGAGAACCAUCCCAUCCUUUUCCACUCUGCCGUCAUCCCAAGCCAAAAGGGACAAUUUCAAAGCCAUUGUGAUACCUCAAACCCAACUUCCAACCUUCGGGAGACGAAUUGGAGUAAGAGAGAGGGGUUUUGCUGAAGUCCUAGACUGCUGAAGUCUGUGUAAGGGUGUAGCAGCAAGCCCAUAGCAUUGUUCGGGACAAGGUUUGUGUAGCAGCCGCUGCCAGCAGGAGGAACUCUCUCCCUCUGCUCUAAAGUCUGUUUCAGGAUGGGAACACCACUCUGUAUUGCUUCCCUCUUAUGCAUGUGGAUUUCUAAUGUUAGGUUAUGUGACUGCCUAUAACUUAACGUCUACAAAGCAUAAUGAGUGGGUUUUUUCUCGAUGAGUUUACCGCAAGGAAACAUGAACUCACAUGAAAGUUCUGGAGAGGAGGGAUCCCUUAGGUGCUCUUAGCUCUUGUGCCAUUUCCCACACAAGCAUAACUGCUCUCCCAGGGAAGGCCUUAAAGACGUGGAUGGUUUUGAAAAGUCAGCGGGCAUUACAGAUCCCACGUUUGGCCACACGCUCCUUGAAUUGAACUGCCAUGACUUUCAGACACAUUUUGUUUCAUUUUUUGCUGUUGUUUGCUUUUCGCUUGCAUUUGGGUUGCUUCCUCUGAAGCCAGAAGGGUGAAAUGACCUUAGCAAAACUGGUUCUCACUCAACUGGCCAUAACAUUGUUCCUUAAAGAUGAAUUCUCAACCCAAGAUGACGUGGAACGGCUGGAGGUUCAGUGGACAUUUCAAGAUCUUCGCGUGUUGCACGCGGUGGGAAUACAGGAGAGAGCUGCCCACGGCAUUAGCCGCUCCCAGAAACUUCCGCCAGUCGUGGUGAGAGGGAGAUGUGGGAACUUGUGAAGUUUUGGAGUGAAACUUUGCGAUUUUAGGAAAACGUGACCAGUUUUGAGCUCCAGGUAAUUGUUUACUUAAAAACUAGAGAGCUGGGUUUUUUAAAUUUCUUCUUCUUCUGGUGGCCCUAUUUGGAUCAUUUCUUCCUCUUACCAUCCCUGGAGAAACAAGAUGGCAGGUACCAGAACCCACAACAUGUUGGUUACCCUUCAGUUAAAGUUAUUUAAAUGAAAGGCAGAUCAACAGCAACAAAGCGUCACCCGAACUUGACCUUGUUGAUCAAGUCUGCAUAACUAGUGAUUGAUGUAUGGAUCGACCAGAGAUUCAUGGGACUGAAAAGCAAUUUUCAGUCUCUCUACAUGUGCGAUUGUGUGGGAGUCUCCUCAAACAUGAGUUGGCCCCAGAAAGUGGACCUUGGAGGAAGUAGGAGGCCAUGCUUUGAUUGUAUUUUUAAAGACGUUUACAUUUUUUUUUCAAAAGGAAUAGAUGUUUACUGCAAAACAUUCAGAAAAUACCAAUAACCAAACAGAACGGAAACAUCCGAAACCCUUCAAUUAUUGUUUAAUUCAGUGGAAACUGGUCAUUAAAUCCUGAACUAGCAAGGACAAGUUGCAGGGGUCUCUCCAUGGUUAGCACAGUUGACAAUUCUGGCUCCAGUGAAUGUUGUAGAAAAAGGACGUCCAAUUAGCUUUUGACUGUCUUUGCCAGUUUCACUUGUCACUGACUCAACUCAUUAUUGAUCAUUAGAGUGUCUCUGUCAUUAAGUGGAAAAGGCAGUCGACCAUUUGGAUGUUCUGCUUUCACAUCACCCAGCAUGGGCCAUUGGGCACACCUGGGUGUUAGGGUGGGCUAAAUAGCAUACCCAGAGAAACAUCCAAAUGACGGGCUGGAUUUUUCACGUGGGGCAUCUAUCCAAGAGACGUAGGUCUGAGACACAAGAAGGGUUCAUUUCCAUUUCGACACUCCCAGUGUGUUUGAAUAACACUGAAUCCACCAGGUCGCAUUCCAUAAAUUUAAAGGUGAGGCUGAUUCCUCCUCCUCUUCCCCAGCUCACCCAUGGAACCAGAAAAUUCCCAAACCAGGAACCUGAACCACAGGACAAGGAUUAGUGACAAUGGCCACAAUAGCCUAUUCUCACAGGUUUUAAGUUGAAUGUUUUAGAACUUUAUUUUUUCCCCCUUACUCAUGUAUAGUAAAACUGGUUUAUUUUGAUUUUCCUAAAUUAUUUUCUGAUACAAUAAACUGUUAACUGUUUAUUUAUACUUUUCCACGGAGCACUUGUUAUUUUUCAAUAGAAAAAGCUCUCUGUUUCAGUGUUAUACAUACCACGGCUGUCCUUAUACAUAUUUAUAUAUCAUCUUCUUGAAGGAGUUAAAUUAUCGCGGUUUAUUGUUGUUUUUCUUUAACUGCAUAUCAUAAUCAUGUUAAUAAACAGAAACGACACAAUAUAUUUGGGUAGGGGUGGGGGGCUAGGUGUGAUUUCCAUACAGGUGAACUUUUAUUCCAGAUUUUUUUAAGUUGUUUCUGUAUU